GUCUCGUCCGCCACCUCCGACUACGAUGACGGAUAGUAUGAGUCCCUUUUUGCGAUCCUUCCCCUGCACAUCGUGUUCCUUGGUUCUAUCUAUUGUCUUAUUUUUACUUGCGGUUCGGUCUGACUUCUCCGCUCUCGCAAUGCGCUAUAAUGGUUGCGAUCGUGACAACACCCUACCUUGAGGCCACGACUACUGUCCGUACUAGCACCUCCUCUAGGCUCAUGCAUCGUCUAGAUCGGUCGGGAACUUGAAUGCAACAUCAGAAGUACUAGCCGCGGUCCAGCACAGCCGACAGCUUCAAGGUUCUGACACACGGGGAGAGGAGAUCAUGGCGACAGGAACGGGGCAACAGCAACGAUGGAGCUUGUCAUUGCUGCCACGACAUGACAGUAAGCAGACUAUCUACGUACUAGAUCACUACCUAUAGCCAAGGAGAGAUAUAUGAUCUAAUUGAAUCCACAAUUCAGAGAUUCCCGCCCAGGAUGACGGCAUAAGAAGCCUCUUGAGUCAAAGAG